AUGGCAAUACGCGUUGGUGUAUCUCGACGACGUUAUCGUAUACUCCAAGACCUUACAGGAGCACUUCACCCACAUGAGGACGAUCUUGGGGAUGUUAAAAGAUGCGGGAGUGUCCCUCAAACUCCCCAAGUGCCAUUUCUUUCAACCUCGGUGGACUAUCUGGGUCACGUUAUUCGACCUGGAAAGUUGGAGGUGAGCUCACGAACGUGCGAAGCAAUCCGGCAGGCCGAGGCGGCGACAACCCAGACGGGAAUCCGUUCCUUUAUCGGUCUCUGUAACGUAUUCCGGCGCUUUGUGCCAAACUUUGCACGCAUUGCAACCCCCUUGAAUCGCAAACUCGAGAAAGGACAGCCCGCAAAAUUCGGCGACCUCACGGACGAAGAACACGAGGCGUUCGAGGAGCUGAAACGUCGUCUCACGUCACCUCCAAUCCUAGCACUGCCCAAGCAGAAAGGGGGCUACAAAUUGGACACAGACGCAUGUGACCAUCAGGUGGGAUGCACUCUCCUGCAGGACCAAGAGGGUCCUGUUUACGUCCCAAUUAGGUAUUGGAGUCGAGCCCUGACGAAGCAGGAGCGCGACUACACUACGACGGAAAAGGAAUGUUUGGCCAUUGUUUGGGCUAUUCUCCUCCUGCGGCCGUACCUGGAGGGACAAAGAUUUACCGUUCGAACGGACCACGAUUCCCUGAGGUGGGUCCUGAACCUAGCCGAUGCCAAGGGACGACUAGCCCGCUGUCGCCUCCGGUUAUCGGAAUACGACUUCAUAGUCGAACACCGUGCCGGGAUUAAACACCAGGCAGCCGACGCUCUCUGGCGGCUGGAGACGACCGGAUUGGAUACUUCGACCCUGAGGGAUGAAAUACCUUGCUACAUAUUGCCCGUGAUGCAAGACGACCUAAUUAGGGAGCAGAAGACAGACUCGUAUUGUAAGGCCAUGAUGGAAGAGGUCGGGAAAUCGGGAACGCAGUUCGAGGUCAAUCAACACGGCCUCCUGUGCCGGCGUGCACCCUUGGAUGGGAGUAUACAGAUCGUGGUCCCGGCGUCCCUGAGGGCGAGAAUCUCCUUCUUGAGUCAUUACCCGAGAUUACAGGGACACCCCGGCACGAGCAAGAUGUACGAGACAAUGAGGCGUCUGUACUACUGGCCUCAUAUGGCUUCGGACGUCCAACAGACGGUCGCCGACUGCCGGUCGUGCGCCCGCGUGAGAGGAACGCAAUACAGCCAGCAGAAGAAGCUAACGUUGUUCCCCGCCGCCGGGCCGCUAGAAUUCGUCGCCAUGGACCUGUAUGGACCCUUGCCAAAAACCCCACACGGGAACCGCCACAAAUUGGUCAUCACGGACCGCUUUACUAAGCUGUGCCGCGCUAUACCCCUUCGGACGACUCAAGCUCAGCAGGUUGCCCAGACCUUCCUUGACGCGUGGGUGUACCCGUAUGGCAUGCCGGAUACACUACUGACCGACAACGGACCCCAGUUCACAGCUAAAUUCUUCGAAGCUGUAUGCGGCCCUCUCGGAAUUCGGCACGUGCUCACGACGGCCUAUCAUCCGCAAACUAACGGUCAGGCCGAGAGGUUCAACCGGACGUUGGCGACCCGAUUGAGGCAUUACGUCUCCGAACACCAACGGGACUGGGACGAUUACGUACAACCCCUGACGUACGCGUACAAUAUGCAAGUCCACAAGUCUACGAGUACGACCCCCUUUGACCUCAUCUUGACACGGCACCCACCAGGGAUAUCGGUCCAAGCUCCUUCUAGCGCCAUACCGUCCCCAAAUGGGAGUGAACCGACAUCGGCACAAAUGAAGCCAAUCACCCUACAGCGGGUGCGGAAGAUUCUCUCCCGCGCGGGUACCAAGUUGACACACGCCCAAGCACAGUACAAGAGAAAUUUCGACAAGGCCGUAAGGACGUUACCCUCCUUCGAGGUCGGACAGGAGGUCUUUCUCGACAGACCCCCGGAUUUUUCUGCGACGCCGCUCGAGAAUGAGGACGGCCACCGGAAACUCCUUCCUAAAACGACAGGUCCCUAUAGGGUCAUAAAGGCGCCAGUGGGCGGAGACACGGUCACGAUUGAGCGCAACGGUCUCUUGGAUGCAGUAUCCAUAAACCGUGUGACAAAGGUGCCGCAACCCUCCGUCCCGAAGGCCCCCUCGUCCGUAAGGUCGACGCCCAUGGCGAUACCCCCGGCAAGCGGAACCACACCACCCGAAAGGGCCUCCGUAUCACGGACCACCCCGACGGUCUCCAUCGACCCGGACAGCGAGGUCCCCGUCCAUCAGGACCCCGCUGAGGCCGAAGCGGAUACAGAGCACGCCAUAGACCGCAUCGUCGCCCAUGGCGAGGCGGACGACGGCUCCCUACUUUAUCACGUCCGAUGGUUCGGCUAUAGCCCCAAAGAGGACACCUGGGAGCGAGCGGAUAACCUCCCAGAGAACUUCAUCCGCCGAUACCGAGCUAGACACUGA